AUGCAUGUGAGACAAAAUGGAAGAGGCGAUUUCAAGACAUUAACCGAGGCGAUAAAUAGUGUACCCGUAGGGAACAAGGAACGCGUGAUCAUCAAGUUAGGUCACGGUGAAUACAAAGAGAAGGUUACAAUCGAUAGAAACAAGCCUUUCAUCACAUUGUACGGUAAUCCAAAUGCAAUGCCCGUGUUGACAUUCGACGGUAUGGCAGUCGAAUACGGAACAGUCGAUAGCGCAACUCUCAUUGUCUUGUCCGACUACUUCAUGGCCAUAAACAUCAUUGUCAAGGAGCAAGCUUUAUCUAUGAGAAUCUCUGGCAACAAAGCAGCUUUCUAUAACUGUAAACUCUAUGGUUAUCAAGACACGAUUUGUGACGACACUGGAAACCAUUUCUUCAAAGACUGUUACAUCGAAGGGACAUUUGAUUUCAUCUUUGGGAGCGGACGCUCUUUAUACCUCAGUACGCAACUAAACGUUGUGAGAGAUGGACUAAGAGUGAUCACAGCUCAUGCCGGAAAAAGCACGGAAGAGAAAAGCGGGUACUCAUUCGUGCACUGCAAAGUUACAGGGACUGGAACUGGGAUUUACUUGGGUCGAGCAUGGAUGAGCCACCCCAAGGUCGUUUACGCAUACACUGACAUGUCAAGUGUUGUUAACCCGUCUGGAUGGCAUUGA